AUGCAGACACCGGAGAAUUCAGGAGGAGAAACAUCAGUGAGAGGUGGGAUCCUUGCGGGAGGCUCCCUGGACGAGGUGGGAGCUCAGUCUUUGGGGACGGAUGCAGAUUCAGGCGGGGGUGAGGGUCAGGAGGACCGCAGUUUGUGUAACAGCCUGAGAGCCCGAGGCUUGCUCUGUGGUCAGCCACCCAGCUUGGCUGGAGCAGAGGGUUUAGGGAGGCGAGGAGCUUUGGGACUGAGACGCGAUCCUCCAGAUGUCCCCGAGGAGGCUGCCAAAUCAGCUUUGCCUGACCUGCUUUCUCAGUGGACGGUCCCAUCAGGGGCAUCAAAUCCAAGCUGCCAGAGCGCAGCCAGGUGCAUCCCGCUGGCCACCUGUCAGCUGAGCUCAUCUGCUCCGGACCCCCGCGCCUCACUGGUCACCAACAAAGCCCUCCUCAUGUUCCACCCAGAUAUCUGCAAAAGCCUCAUAGCCGACCCCCAGGCUAUUUUUAUGAUUCCCACAAACCCACCACCAACAUUCAGGAAGCCGGAACUUUGUUCUGAUGAUUUCACCAAUUUUGUUAAAAAGUGCCUAGUGAAGAAUCCUGAGCAGAGAACUACUGCAACACAACUUUUACCGCACCCUUUUAUCAGGAAUGCAAAACCUGUAUCAAUUUUAAGAGACUUGAUCACAGAAGCUAUGGAAAUCAAGGCUAAAAGACAUGAAGUAGAGCGAGACUUGGAAGAAGAAAAUUCGGAUGAAGAUGAGCUGUAUUCCCACACCAUGGUGAAGACUAGCUCGGAAAGCGUGGGCACCAUGAGGCCCACAAGCACGAUGAGUGAAGGGGCCCAGGCCGUGAUUGAACAUAAUAGCACAGUGUUAGAGUCUGACUUGCGGACCAUGGUUAUAAACAGUGAGGAUGAGGAAGAAGAAGAUGGAACUAUGAAAAGAAAUGCAACUUCACCGCAAGUACAAAGACCAUCUUUCAUGGAUUACUUUGAUAAACAGGACUUCAAGAAUAAGAGUCAUGAAAACUGUAAUCAGAAUAUGCAUGAACCCUUCCCUAUGUCCAAAAAUGUUUUUCCUGAUAACUGGAAAGUUCCUCAAGAUGGAGACUUUGACUUUGGACUUCCCGGGUGGCGCAGUGGUUGA